AUAAAAUUAUUUAAAUCCUAUUUUAAAAAUAUUUAGGUAUUAAAACUAAUAUUUUAUUAUUAAAUAUACUUCAGGCUCGAUCGAAAUAAUAAAUAUGAGUUAAACAACUAAAUUAGCAAAAUUACAUUGUUAGUGAUAUAAAAAAAAGAAAACCAUGAGUUCAACAAAAUUGAUCACAGUCGAGGAGGAAUUUAAAAAAAAUCCUGAAUUAAAAGAAUCGGAUCUGGAAAUAUUGAGAGAAUGGUGCAAAAAGCAGCCGCAUUUGCCAAAAAUUUCUGACAUUGAUUUAAUACUAUUCUUGCAUAGUAAUUAUUAUUUAAUAGAACCAUCGAAAAGAACAAUUGACAAUUAUUUUACAAUGAGAACACACGUGCCUGAACUCUUUACAAACCGAGACAUUCUUAAUUCCCCGUCACUUCGAAAACAACUCGAUAUUGCAGUAUAUAUGCCGUUGAAGGGCCUGUCCAAAAAGGGCUACAGCAUAAUUUACUCAAGAUUCAUUGACUUCGAUCCAUCUCACUUUGUGCAUUCCGAGAUUGAGAAGAUCAACGGCAUGGUGGUGGAUAUAUGGUUACGGACACAGGGCACUGUCAAAGGUCACGUGUUUGUUAUGGAUAUGCACGGCUCACAAAUGGGUCACGUCAGUCGAAUGAAUCCUUCAAUAGCGAAAAAAUCACUACUCUAUGUUCAGGACGCCCUUCCACUUCGACUCAAAGAGCUUCAUGUCUUGAAUGUUUCGCCGCUUUUCGACGUUAUGAUGACGGUUUGCAAGCCGUUUAUCAAAAAGGAACUUUUGGACAUGUUACACUUUCACACUUCAAAUGACAGUCUAGAGGAAUAUAUUCCACUGGAUUUAUUGCCGAAUGAAGCCGGUGGAAAGGCAGGACCAUUGUCAAAAUUUCAUCAGGAUCAAAUAAAUCUUUUGACAGAAUUUCGUGAUUGGUUUAUUGAAGACGAAAAAAGUGGACGUGUCAAUGAAAAUCUUCGACCUGGAAAGUCUAAAAAUGCCGGUGAAGUUUUUGGUGUUGAGGGCAGUUUCAAAAAACUUGAUAUUGACGAAAACUUUAAAAGUAUGAGUUCCGUAAAAAUGAUCACAGUCGAGGAGGAAUUUAAAAAAAAUCCUGAAUUAAAAGAAUCGGAUCUAGAAGCAUUGAGAGAAUGGUGCAAGAAACAACCACAUUUACCAAAAAUUCCAGACAUCGAUUUGAUAUUAUUUCUGCACAGUAAUUAUUAUUCAAUUGAACCAACAAAAAGAACGAUAGACAAUUAUUACACAAUGAGAACACACGUGCCCGAAUUUUUUAUAAACAGGGACAUUUUAAAUUGCCCGCCACUUCAAAGGCAACUCGAUUUAGCAGUGUACACGCCACUAAAAGGAUUAUCAAAGUCUGGCUACAGCAUAAUUUACUCAAGAUUGAUUGAUCUAGAACCAUCACACUUUGUGCACAGUGAUUCCUUGAAGGGUUACAAUAUGGUAUUGGACGUGUGGUUCCACACAGUGGGCACUGUCAAGGGUCACGUUAUUCUCAUAGACAUGCACGGUACACAAUUGGGACACGUCAGCAGGAUGAGUCCAGCAAUUGCAAAAAAAUCCUUAUUUUACCUUCAAGAUGCACUUCCAGUUCGACUCAAACAAAUACAUGUCAUGAAUUCCUCUCCGAUUUUCGAUUUAAUGCUCACAAUUUGCAAGCCAUUUAUGAAAAAGGAACUUUUGGAUAUGUUGCAUCUUCAUACAACAAAGGAGAGUUUAGAAAAAUUCAUCCCCCUGGAAAUAUUGCCAAAUGAAGCUGGUGGAAAAGCGGGACCACUAUCACAAUAUUAUGAUGAACGAAAGAAACUUUUAACCGAAUUCCGCAAUUGGUUUGCCAAUGACGAGACAAAUGGACGAGUGAACGAAAAUCUUCGUCCUGGUAAAUCGAAAAAUGCGGGCGAAAUUUUUGGCGUUGAAGGAAGUUUCAAAAAACUUGACAUCGAUUAGAAAAUUGUAAAAUAUUUCCUAAUUUAAUUCCUAAUAAAAGAAAAAUUGUCCAUCAA